CACCCCCAUCCUCAGUCGCCGUCAUGGCCCGCUCUUGAUCGAUCGUUACAUCCGCCGAAAAAAAAAGCGUCUUCCACAAUGACUAUCUUCAUCGUCUCUCUCUUCCUUCCACACACCGUGAACUUCAUCCUCCCCGAAGGAACCUCCCAGAGACGCCCGUCCAGCCCUCGGAGGAGACACCACCGCCGUGAGAGCUCCGACUUCAACCGGAGAGCCCACAACACCCUCUUCCCCAAGAGGCCUACUUCCUCGUCCUCCUCGUCCUCUCCCACCUCCACCACGGCGCCAAAACACCUCCUCAAGGACCAUGCGCGCCUUUUCGCCCCAACACCAGACAAGUUCACCCCGCUGGACCUGCUGCGGAGGACCGAGGACGGUAGGCAGCAGCCGCUCACCCCCAGCGACCCCCAUGCUCCCCUCUGGGGCGCGACCGGCGUCUUCAACCAGCCCAGACCCCGCCCCAGCCAGUCCCCCUCCUCCUCCAUUCUCCAGCACAACAGCAUCGCCGGCCCGGCACCGAAACUCGUCAAACGGGCUUCCACCCCGGUCAAGGUCGAGGAACGUCCCGAAUCUUCUCCGCCGGAAAAAGCAUUCUCGGACGCCGCAUGGACCAUAGAACCCUCCGAGCAAGGCAACGGCGGCCUCUUCAACGCCAUCCGCUCCGCCAACCUCGAGGCCCCGCAGGACAAAUUGUGGGUUGGCACCCUGGGCAUGCCCACCGACGCCCUCGAAGACCACGUCAAGGACACCAUCGCCGAGAAACUGGACGUUGACUACGCCUGCCUGACCGUCUUCGCGAACGACUCCGAUUUCGAUGGCCACUAUCUUCACUUCUGCAAGACGAUCCUCUGGCCCGUGUUCCACUACCAGAUCCCCGACAACCCAAAGAGCAAAGCCUACGAGGACCAUUCUUGGGUCUACUACAAGGCCGUCAACCAGGCCUUUGCCGACAGGAUCGUGCGCAACUGGAAGCGUGGUGACAUCAUCUGGGUCCAUGACUACCACCUACUCCUCGUCCCGUCCAUGAUCCGCAAGCAAUUGCCCGAUGCCAAGAUCGGCUUCUUCCUCCAUACCGCUUUUCCUUCCUCCGAGGUGUUCAGGUGUCUUUCUGUCCGCAAGGAGCUGCUGUACGGCAUCCUCGGUGCUAACCUGGUUGGCUUCCAGACCCAGGAGUACUGUCAUCAUUUCCUUCAGACCUGUAGCAGGAUCCUGACGGUCGAAGCCACCAACGAGGGCGUCCAGCUGGAGGAUCGUUUUGUCAAUGUUGGCACGUUCCCCAUUGGAAUCGAUCCCCCUUCGCUGGACCUGAGACGCAAGGGCAGCGACGUCGAGAAUUGGAUGCGUACCAUAAGAGACCGAUACCAGGGGAAGCGUCUCGUGGUCGCGCGAGACAAGCUGGACAAUAUCCGUGGCGUCAGACAGAAGCUUCUUGCCUAUGAACUCUUCCUGAACAAGUACCCCAAAUGGAGAGACAGUCCCCUGGUUUUCCUGAACCAAGAUCUCCUUUUCCCUCAGUACCUCGCCUUGAUCUCGGUGGCGGACGUCUUCAUGGUGACAAGCCUGCGCGAGGGCAUGAAUCUGACAAGCCACGAGUACAUCCACUGCCAGGAUGGGAAGUAUACCAACAACAAGCAUGGCCCCUUGAUUCUCAGCGAAUUCACGGGGAGCGCCUCUGUCUUUGAAGGGCAUCCUUUACUCGUGAAUCCGUGGAACUACCAGCAAUGCGCCGAUGCGCUCAACACUGCUCUGGAGAUGCCCCCUGAAGAACGAGAGCAGCAGUGGACUAGGCUUAACGACCAGGUCAAUGCCCAUACCACGGACAAAUGGGUCAAAAACUACAUCGAAGCCCUGGAUAGAGCGUUUAGCGAACAGGCCUGUCGUGAUAACGUGUCGAUCCCACGACUGUCCGUCAAUAACCUAAUGAAGUUAUACAGAGCAUCGUCCCGUCGGCUGUUCAUCGUCGACUACGAAGGAACUCUCGCUUCGUGGGGUUCGCCUACCAGCAUCGUUCUGACAACCCCGAAACGAGCCAUCGACACGCUUAAUGACCUGCUGGAGGAUCCCAAGAAUACAGUCUAUGUGAUGAGCUCCAGGAUGCCGGAAGAGAUGGAGCGGCUGUUCCGCCAGGUCCCCGGCCUGGGCCUAAUAGCCGAAAACGGAUGCUUCGUUCGAGAAGCACACCGAGAGGAGUGGAUCAAACUCAUCGACGAUGAAGAGACCCGGGAAUGGAAGGACAGCUUGGCCGAUAUGAUCAACUACUUCCACGUACGCACUGAGGGUAGCUGGGUCGAAGAGCGUCACUCUUCUCUCGUUUUCCACUACGAUAACGCCGAGGAUCCUCAGACGGCGGGACGGCAUGCGUCGGAUUGCGCGAACCACAUCAACGACACGUGCCAGCAGCACCGAAUUCGCGCUGUCGCCGUCGAUGGCGCGGUGAUAACCGAGCCGAUCAGUCCCAACAAAGCCACGGCGGCGGAUCUUGUGCUGAGGCACAUCCUGGCCCGGGCCGAGAAGGACAAGGACAGUGCCGCCAAGCCGGAUUUCCUGUUCGUGGCGGGCGACGGCCGCGAAGAUGAGGUAGUCUUCCGCUGGGCCAAUAAACUAGAAGAGAAGAAGUUGAUUGAGAACAUCGAGACUGUCACCCUUGGUUCGGCAAAUACGGAGGCAAAGGCUACUUUGGCGCAAGGGGUCACGGGAGUCCUGUCCUGCCUUGGAAAGCUCGCUGCGAUUUCGCAUGAUGUUGAACCAAACGAAUACCUGGCUGAACGGGAGAUCCCUUAUAAAAUCUAACCCGCCAUGCAUGACGACACAAUAUCCCUAUCUCGGAUAAAAGGAAGUUUUUUCUAUUUAUACAUAUGUAUUUUUCAUUUUUUUUUUUUUUUUUUCGGCGCAUUCCUUUUUUUUUUUUUAAGAAAAAGUGUACUGUAAGAAAUGCCAUCUUGGCGAGCGACUUCUGGAUUCUUGACUGGCAUGACCACUCCCAUCUUGCAUCGUUUUACCUUUUUUCUUCUCCUUUUUAUUCUCUCCCCCGGCGUGGGGGUCGGACUUUUGUGUCUGCACAGAGCAGAGCGUAGGGAAGGUUGGACGGGAUGUAUCAGGUAGCUUUUGGACUUGUACAUAACUACUAGAAUGGAACGGCUAAAUAAUAACA